UAGUAUAAAAACCAUUACGCCUAUGGGAUGUCCCCACUUUUCACAAAAACAAACGCGUGUGUGUUUUUUAAACCAUGUAUUGAACCUGAAAUUUUAUAUCGAAACCAACCCUACCACAAUAGACAUUUACUGUAGUAAAAAGUGUGACAACUUUCCCGGGUUUCCCUUAUUUACAUCUACGAACAUGGCCACCUCAAAACUACACGCAUAUGCUGUACUGAAGGCUGUGGGGUUUCAUGUCGAAAAAAACACACACACGGUAUUACCGAUUAAUAUUCCUCAAUAUGUCAUCAUGAAUGUGUAUUUUAUCGUGUAUGACCGUUCAAGUCUUCUCUCUCUCUCUCUUGGCAUUCCGUCCCACGCGCGCAACUCCGCCCACGCGAGGAUUUGCGUCAACCCGGCGCGUGGGAGUGAGACAGCAAUGCAGCUUACAUCGGAAUAUCCCCGCACAAGAGAGAAAGAGACAGUGCAAAGGAUAGACAGCACCGAUGAGCCUUCAACAGACUUUCUCUCCUUCGCGAGAGGCGGAGCGCUGCCUCGAGACAGCGGCCAGCACCGGGAGCAGUCGCGCGCACCAGCUGAGAAAGAGAGCCAUGUCAGUGCUGCUGCCACGUUCCUUGGGCGAGUUGCAACUUUACCGGAUCCUGCAGAAGGCCAACUUGCUCUGCUACUACGAAGCCUUCAUCCAGCAGGGCGGCGACGAUGUGCAGCAGCUCUGCGAGGCCGGCGAGGAAGAGUUCCUAGAGAUCAUGGCCCUUGUCGGAAUGGCAAACAAACCCCUUCACGUUCGAAGACUCCAGAAGUCUCUACGGGAUUGGGUCACCAACCCUUCCAUUUUCAACCAACCGUUGACAUCUCUUCCCGCUUGCAGUAUACCGGUGUACAAGCUACCCGAAAGUUCCCACAGCAAUGGGCAACAGAACCAGCUUGCUGUUCCGAGAGCAUUAUUACCCACAAGCCCCAGUCCUGGAAGACUGGAUCUCAGCAGGGACGGGACGCCGGGUUGUUCCCCGCUCCAAGGGGCUAGCGAGAGUCGUUUUUGGGGAAGCGAGAGCGAACACAGCCUAUCUCCAUCUGGAGCUUGUUCCCCGUGUUCACCCCUCGACGCUCUAGAUGCUCUCGAUUCUGCUGCUGUCCAGUGCGUGAUGGAGUGCGUAGAGCGACUAGCCCAAAUGUUGCCCAAGAGCGACCCCACGGAAGUCAAAGAACACAUCCGCGCCAAUAAGAAGCUCAGCAAGAUGAUCGGCCAUAUAUGCGAGAUGAGCGAAGACAAUCCACAGAAGGAGGCAGAGAUUCGGAAGUACAGCGCCAUCUAUGGACGGUUCGAUUCCAAGAGGCGGGACGGCCGGCAGCUUACGAUGCACGAGGUUGGUUCGAAUGCUAAGCUAACAGUCAACGAAGCAUCUGCUCAACUGUGCAUGAAAGAUCUGUCGCUGCUGACCCGAAGAGAUGAACUUUUCUCACUGGCCAGGCAGAUUUCACGUGAAGUUACCUACAAAUACACCCGCAGGAGCAGCAGGUCCCAAUGUGGUGAUGAAGAUGAACCAUCUCCCAAGAGGAUCAAAUCUGAAGAUGGUGUGUAUGAUUUACAGGAGGCUCUUCACGUUCUUCAUACGCGUCAAGAGACGGUGAGAGAACAGCUCGCAAUCGCCAAAUCAAAAGGAGAGGAGACAAUCAGACAUAGUCUACAGGCACAGCUGGACUCUCUGUUGGCAAAGCAGGUGGAGCUCUUGCGUGACGCUGCCGUUCAAGAGAGACUAAAAUCGUUGGACUGGCGGAUUCCAACUGCAGCACUGAAAUACCUCGCUCCCACUGCUCAACACUGCAACAACGGCCUUUCACAUCUCUCUGGUGAGAGACCCCUUAACUUGCGCCUGACAGAUGUGCCGCUGGGGAGGCAACUAGCCAAUGAGCUCAAAAGACAUCACAAACAGAUCACAGAGGAACGACAUCAAAACCAACAGACGUCCGAAGAGAGAAUGGCAGCGGCCACAGAAAAUGGGUCUCAGAAGGAGCCUGGGCUUUUGGACAAGAGAGCCAUCAAAUCAGAACCAGAGGACUCCAGAUAACAUCUUCAGCCUCAAAGUGAAACUUGGAUUUUGUUUGCUCAGUGGAUAUAGAACUGAAACUGUGUGGCCUUAAGAACUGUAAAUGACUAGAGAUCAAUUUAUUUAGAUUUUAAAUUGUUUAAGAAUUAUUUUUAUUUCUAAUUUUAGAACAAAAAACUUGAAUGUCUUGUGGUCUUGAAACUAAGACUGUAUUUGUGCAUCUUUUUGUACAUAAUCUGUGUUUGUUUAUUUGAUUGCAUGUCUUAUUCGUUACUAUUCGUUAUUAUUUUUAAAAUAUUCGUUAAUUAACAGAAACACUGGAGUUUCGUAGAAAACCGUUGUGUAGUCCUAAGAUAGUAGAUAAGGUUAAAUGAUGACAUUCAUCUGUUCGUAUCGUUUGUCGUUGAGGAUGAACUUAACGUAAAAGAAUACUUAAUAUGUAGAAUUAGCUUUGCGUGUUUUUGUGAUUGCGUCAAUUUCGAUGUUAGUACAACAAAAGUUUAUUGUGUAUUUGUUACCAGCUCUAGCCUUGUUCUCAGUGUACGAUGUUGUAUAUCUUGCUGUCGUUAAAUGUUAACUGUUGCAUUUUGACUGUGAUUUUUCUUUAAAAAAAACAUUUUAUCAAAUGUGGGCUUUUUUAAGUUAGCUGUGAUAAUCUUCCAAUCUGUUUUUUUUUUUCUAUACAAAUUUGUUGUGUGUUUCACUCUUUAUCUUGUCUUUGUAAAAUCGUUCUACAAAUAAAACCGAACUGGAAAAAACAUUGUUAA